AUUUGUGAAGAACUUUAUUCAUAAUAUACAUCAAGAUGGUGGAACCAAUUUUUGACUAUCAGUUUCGUCUAAUACUUAUUGGUGACAGUACAGUCGGAAAAAGUUCAUUGCUGAAAUAUUUUACCGAUGGGAAGUUCGCAGAGCUUUCAGAUCCAACAGUAGGAGUAGAUUUUUUUGCUAGAUUAAUUGAAGUAAAAGAUGGAACAAGAAUAAAAUUACAAUUAUGGGAUACUGCUGGCCAAGAAAGAUUUAGGUCAAUUACAAAAUCCUACUAUAGAAACUCUGUUGGAGCCUUGCUUGUAUAUGAUGUUUGUAAUAGAGCAAGUUUUGAACAUAUUCCUCAAUGGAUGAUGGAUGCUCGUAGACAUAUUGAACCACAUCGUCCUGUAUUUGCAUUGGUAGGUUGUAAAUUAGAUUUAGUUACCAAUGGAAGUAGACGAGAAGUUUCAAAGGAAGAAGCAAGAGCUUUUGCUGAUGAACAUGGAGUACAUCACAUUGAAACCAGUGCAAAAACUGGAGUUAAUGUUGAAGAGGCAUUUCGAACAGUUACUCAGGAAGUUUAUAAUAGAAUACAAACUGGUGAAUACAAGGUAGAAGAUGGUUGGGAUGGAAUAAAAACUGGAUUUGCUAGACCUGGUGGUUUAGAUUUUAAUCUAGUCGAAGCAGAACCUGCAAAAAGUUCUUGUUGUUAAGUUAAAUUUUAAUUUGUUAUAAAGAAUAAUAAUAUUUAGAAUGCAGUGUUACUAUUAUAUAUGUAAUAGAAUUUGUUUCUUAAACUUUUUUGUGAAUUAUUCUUGACACUAAAAUGAUUAAAAUUUUUUUAAUAAUUUUAUUUGAUAAAAAAAGAAGAAAAUUCUAUUUUUUAAAAAUUAUAUUUCACUGCAUUCUUAUUUUAAAAGAAAAGUUUAUAAUAAAUUUAAAAAAUGUGUAUAAAUUUUGAUUAGAUUUUGUACAUAGCUUGUAUAAACAAAAUGAUUAUAUAUCUCUGAAACACAUAGACAUUGAACCAGGACUGUUUUCUAUCUUAUUUAAGAUCCAAAAUAUUUAAGUAUAAUAAAAAUUCAUGUUCAUAAUAUUAA